AUGCCGCCUGCCAAAGCCAGCGCGCCCGCAGCGAGGAAACGGAACAGGAAACGCAAGAGGCGCGUGGCCAGCUCGUCCGAGUCCUCGUCGUCCUCAUCGUCCGACUCGGAGUCGUCCGCAUCCGAGGCCGAAGCGGUCAAGCCUCCGCGCAAAACUGCUGCAUCGGUUGCCCCACCAUCGGCAUCAUCGGAGUCGUCGUCUUCCUCGAGCGAAGACAACAGCAACUCAGAGAUCUCUGUGGAUGAGGACGAGGAGAUGCCGGCUGCGCGGCCAGCUGCGAGCUCGUUCGUGCCUCCAGAACGAGGCAAGGGCAAGCAGCGGUACAGGUCUCCGUCGGGGACGCCAGAGCCUCCGGAGCCAGAACAACCGCCGACCGUCCCUGAACCCGGAUCUGAAAAGGAAAAGGAAUGGAAAGAGCGUUUCCGCAAGUUCUGGAUGGCCUCCAUCGCCGAUGGGUUCAAGGAUGAUUUGGAAGUCCUCCGGCAGGAACCUAACCUGACUAAGCCACGACUCGCACUUUUAGUCGACUCGCUCGCAUCCGGAGCGGACGUGUUCACGUCCAGUACGGAGGAUGCCAAAAAAUUCGGCCACGACAUCAACGAGAUGGAGGUUGUCCUGGGUCCUGCUUAA